GCUGCAUCCCUCAGUGCAGGGUUGGGACCGGAGACGCAGCCAUGAAGGACCCGAGUCGCAGCAGCACCAGCCCCAGCAUCAUCAGCGAGGAUGUCAUCAUCAAUGGGCACUCCCACGAGGAUGACAAUCCCUUCGCAGAGUACAUGUGGAUGGAGAAUGAAGAGGAGUUUAACAGGCAGAUCGAGGAGGAGCUGUGGGAAGAGGAGUUUAUCGAACGCUGUUUCCAGGAGAUGCUGGAGGAGGAGGAGGAGCACGAGUGGUUCAUUCCAGCCCGUGACCUCCCACAAACAAUGGAUCAAAUCCAGGACCAGUUCAAUGACCUUGUUAUCAGUGACAGCUCAUCACUGGAGGAUCUGGUGGUCAAGAGUAAUCUGAAUCCAAACGCAAAGGAGUUUGUUCCUGGGGUGAAAUACUUAAAUAUUUGAGUAGACUGGGCCCUCUUUUGGUGGAUGUAGCACAAUUUCCACACUGUGAAGCCAGUAUUAGAAGAUUUAAUUGUAAAAGCUCUCUCUUCUUGUCACUGUGUUACACUUAUGCAUUGCCAAAGUUUUGUUAGUCUUGCAUGCUCAAUAAAAGUGCUGAGACUGUUAUUAAGUAAACCUGUCAAAAGUUUAAUGGAACCAUAAUUGGGCCCUGGCUCUGAGCGAAGGAGGCAGUGAGGUAAGAAGCACCAGUCAAGUUGAGACAAAGUACCACGUUCAUCAAACCUUCUGCAGACUCUGACUUUUCAAACAGCACUUGGAA